AUGAUGGCCAAGACCGUUGCCUUCUUCGCUGCCUUCGCAGUCGUUGCAGUUGCCAACCCCACCGUGGGUUAUGCCGGCUAUUACUCCACGGACUGCUCCUCCACCGGCUAUGACGCUGCCAGUGUAUAUGCUGUAUCUUGCGUCAAUAUUGAAAACUUUCCCAUCAAUUCUUUCAGCGCCUAUAUUGAGUCGGGUUCCUGUGCUGAUGGUACCUCGGCUGUGCUGGAUAUCUACACUGCUUCCGGGUGCGACGACUCGACCCUGUACGAGACAGUCAGCGUAGACAGCGAGAAGCAGUGCUUUGAGGCUGAUGUCACCCUGUAUAGCUUGAAGGCCGAGUGUGUCUAG